AUGAGAUUCUCAACUCUUGGUGCCCUGCUCGCGUCGGCAGCGGGUAUCGCGGCUCAGUCUUGCGCGCUGCCGUCGACGUACUCCUGGACCUCGACCGGCGUCCUCGCAACCCCAAAGUCGGGCUGGGUCGCCCUCAAAGACUUCACCGUGGUCCCGUACAACGGCCAGCACCUCGUCUACGCCACGACCCACGACACCGGUACCUCCUGGGGCUCCAUGAACUUCGGCCUCUUCUCGGACUGGUCCCAGAUGGCCUCGGCCAGCCAGAACGCCAUGUCCCAGGCCGCCGUUGCCCCGACUCUUUUCUUCUUCCGCCCCAAGAACAUCUGGAUCCUGGCCUAUCAAUGGGGCCCGACCCAGUUCGCCUACAAGACGUCCAGCAACCCGACCAUCGCCAACGGCUGGUCCGCCGCGCAACCCCUCUUCUCCGGCACCAUCUCCGGCUCCAGCACGGGGCCGAUCGAUCAGACCGUCAUCGGCGACAGCACGACCAUGUAUCUCUUCUUCGCGGGCGACAACGGCAAGAUCUACCGCGCCAGCAUGCCCAUCGGCAAUUUCCCCGGCAGCUUCGGGACCUCGUCGCAGGUCGUCCUUAGCGACACGACUAACAACCUCUUCGAGGCCGUCCAGGUCUACACGGUCAAGGGCCAGAACAGGUACCUGAUGAUCGUCGAGGCGAUCGGGGCCAACGGGCGGUACUUCCGGUCCUUCACGGCGACCAGCCUCGGCGGCUCGUGGACGCCGCAGGCGGCGACGGAGAGCAACCCCUUCGCGGGCAAGGCCAACAGCGGCGCGACGUGGACGAACGACAUUAGCCACGGCGAACUGGUCAGGAGCGAUCCCGACCAGACCAUGACUGUGGAUGCCUGCAACUUGCAGCUGCUGUACCAGGGCCGCGCGCCCAGCUCGGGAGGUGAUUACGGUCUGCUGCCGUACAGGCCGGGCGUGUUGACGCUUAAGCGAUGA